AAAUGUCGACACCUUCUAAGCGACGCAAGAAGAACGACGGGCAACCGGUACGAGGCCUCGACUACUUCUUUGGGAAGCAAGCACAAGCAAAACAGCAACCUAAGGAAGAAGCGACAUACAAAGCGCCAACAGCAGACUCGAANAACGAUGACCUCGAUCACGACGUUCUCUCCGAUGAGGCGCUGGCUAGGAAGCUGCAGGCAGAAUGGGACGAACAAGACCGAGCAUCACAAGCUCCAGCCUCUUCGCCUUCCAAGUCAGCAACGACAACUGCAGCUCCCGAAGCAGCACCAGCACUACCGGAACAUGUCAAGCAAGAGAGGGAUAUCAAGGAAGAGACACCUACACCAGCUUCAGCCUCAGCGCCCGUGACUGUGAACCCUUUCGCAGGACUGGGGAAGAAGAACACAUUGUCGCUACAGUCAGCCACUGCAGACGACGACACCAUCACCUACGACAUCCCCUUCGAUCAAAGUCCUCUGACUUUUGACCCACAGAAGUACAUCCCAGAGCUGAAGAAGCAAUGGGUCGUCGAUAAUGGACAUGCCACAUAUGCUCUCCUCACCCACUGCUUCGUUAUGGUCAACAGCACACAAAGUCGCAUUAAAAUUGUCGAUACACUAGUAAACGCAUUGCGUGUCAUCAUAGAAGGUGACCCUCAGAGUCUGCUGCCUGCUGUAUGGCUUGCGACAAACUCAAUCUCACCACCAUACAUUGAUAUGGAACUCGGACUAGGAGGCUCUGCCAUCUCCAAGGCGUUGAAGAAAGUCUGUGGAUUAGAUAACGCUGCUUUGAAGAAAUUAUCCGACAAGUAUGGCGAUGCUGGAGAUGUUGCAUUCGAAGCAAAGAAGCGACAGAGCUUGACGUUGAGGAAGCCUAAGCCCUUGACCAUCAAAGCUGUUUUCGACUCGUUGAUCAAGAUUUCCAUGGCCAAAGGUCAUGGCAGCGUCGAGACUAAACAGCGAUUCGUAGAAAGACUUGUUCAGGAUGCCAGAGGAGCAGAGGAGAGUAGAUAUGUUGUUCGCACUCUAGUGCAGCAUGUGAGUUCGCCACUAUGCGCCACAAACACUUUUCCUGACUUUCGUCUANNGCUUCGCAUCGGUGCAGUCAAGACGACUAUGCUUAUUGCAUUAUCUCGAGCCUUUUUGUUGUCAAAGCCACCUGGUGCAGACUUUUCGACUCGCGACAGACACGAGCUGGCUAAACUAUCAAAGCAACAACUAGUUGAAGUAUGGGCUCCUGCCGAGGAGAUUGUNAAAGCGUGUUUCGCUCGUCGUCCCAACUAUAUUGGUGUUACAGAAGAACUCCUACUUCGCUGCGGUCUUGCCAUGCAUAUCCCACUUCGCCCCAUGCUGGGUGGAAUUACCAGAGAUUUGGGAGAAAUGCUGACGAAACUCUCCGGCCGCGAAUUCACCUGCGAGUACAAAUAUGAUGGCCAACGAGCACAAGUCCACUGCGACUCAGCAGGAAAAGUUACAAUCUUCUCCCGUCACCUCGAAGUAAUGACAGACAAAUACCCUGACCUCGUCGCUCUCGUUCCCAAGAUUCGUGGCGAAGGCGUAAAUUCCUUCAUCCUUGAAGGCGAAGUCGUAGCCGUGGAUCGAGAGACCGGUGCUUUACUUCCUUUCCAAACGCUUUCGAAUCGCGCGAGAAAGGACGUAGCCAUCACCUCUGUGACGGUGGAUGUAUGUCUUUUCUCUUUCGACCUGAUGUAUCUGAAUGGAGAGGGCUUGAUGGACAGACCAUUCCGCGAAAGAAGGUCCUUGCUAAGAAGCUUGUUCAUCGAACUGCCUCAUCACUUCACCUGGGUUAAGAGUAUAGACGCGACAUCAGCAGACGUGGAGACAAUAUCCGACUUCUACAAGCAAGCGAUAAACGACAAAUGCGAAGGCUUCAUGGCAAAAGUGCUGGACAACCUUCCCAACCCCGACCUUUUAGACGUCAACGAAGACGGAACACCAAAACCACCGNNCCAACACCUUCCAAACGCAAACGCACUACAAAACGCAAACCGGGAGAUCCACCUUCAUCUCCCCCCUCCCGAAGCCGAAGGUGCUACAGCAACGAAAAAAGGAGGACGAAGGAAAGCACUUCUCGCGACUUAUGAACCAGAUAAACGUCUCGACUCUUGGCUCAAAGUGAAGAAAGACUAUGAUUCUUCUGCUUCUGACACUAUCGACCUCAUCCCCAUCGCAGCCUGGCACGGCACAGGUCGAAAAUGCAACUGGUGGUCUCCUAUCCUUCUCGCCUGCAGAAACCCCGAAACCGGCGGACUGGAAGCAGUAACGAAAUGUAUGGCCGGCUUCAGCGAUGCAUUCUACAAAGCCAAUAGAGCAAGAUACGACCCUGAUGCUGCACUCGACGACGACGGUGAUGAAGAAGAUGCAGACGAAGACCACGAAAAGUCCAAAAACAAUACUCUGGGUGGCAAACCAGCGUAUGUGGAAUACAGUGGCGGUCACCCCGAUGUCUGGUUCAACCCGCAAGAAGUAUGGGAAUGUGCUUUUGCAGAUGUGACCUUGAGUCCUACUUACACUGCGGCUAUUGGCUUGGUAUCUGAGGAAAGAGGGUUGUCAUUACGCUUCCCUCGAUUCCUCAAGGUCAGAGAGGAUAAGAGUAUUGAUGAGGCCAGUACAAGUGAUUUCUUGGCCGAGUUGUAUAGGAAGCAGGAAGCCAGAGGUGCGAAAGAGAAGGAAAAAGAGAAGAAUGGAGAGCUGGAUGAUGAGGAGAUG